GUCCGUGGCUGUAGAGGUCGAGUUGAUUUAUAUGACGUAAUUGAACUCUAGCAAUCGGGCAGGGCCGAAUCCGGAGGUGGGUACACGAUUUGUUACAGUGUUGGAAAAGGAGAUAUCACCACAUACUACAAUGUCCACGUGCAAAGCGGUCGUGAUGGCGGUGAUUAUUGCGCUGUGCACGGGUAUCUUGAUGGGCCAGUGUCCAGCGAAGUGUACUUGUUCCGGAACUGCCGUAUAUUGCAUUGCACAACAACUGUCGACCAUACCACUUCCCCUACCGUUCGCUACCAGCUUGAAUUUAGGUAACAACAUGAUCGCAUCACUUCCUGAAGAUGCAUUUUAUGGAUGGUGGAAUCUAGGGGAACUAAGCCUGAUGAUCAACCGAUUACGCAACAUUUCCCGGGCUGCAUUCAGGGGCUUGGCAAAACUACGCAUUCUGAAUAUAUUUUCCAACGCACUCCAAUCCAUUGACGUCGGUGCAUUUGAAGGACUGUUGGAUCUGAAAGAACUGGGUUUAACACAAAACAUGAUCGCAUCCCUUCCCGACGAUGGUUUUAAGGAACUGCCUAACCUAGAGGGACUGUACAUGUCGGGCAACCGAUUACGCAACCUUUCCCGGGCGAUGUUCAGGGGUUUGUCAAAAUUACGCUGGCUAGACUUAUCCGUCAACGCCCUCGAAUCCUUGGACGACGGUGUAUUUGAAGGAAUGCCGUAUCUGGAACACUUGUACCUUCAUAACAACCGGAUACGCAAUAUUCAUCGGGCUGCGUUCAGACACUUGACUAAUCUUUAUCUAGCUAACAAUCCGCUCAUCUGCGACUGCCAGCUGCAAUGGCUCAUUGAGACAGUACAGGACAGCCAGUCCAAUCUCAGAGUAAACGGUGCCGAGUGUAGUGAGCCCGCACACCUUAAGGGACGUAACAUGGUGCACGUCACCCAAGCAGAUCUCAACUGCGACACGCAGGCAAACGAUACCAACGAAUGCGUAACUGUGCCUUGUAAGAACGGCGCCAAGUGCACUAAUCUUCAGAACACGUACUCGUGCACAUGUUCACCUGGCUGGCAAGGACACAGCUGUGAUCAGGAUAUCAACGAAUGCGUGCCCGCCCCGUGUAAGAACGGUGCCACGUGCACUAAUCUUCAAAACGCCUACUCAUGCACUUGUUCACCUGGCUGGCAAGGCUUCAACUGUGAUCAGGACAUCAACGAAUGCGCGCCCGCCCCGUGUAAGAACGACGGCACGUGCGCUAACCUUCAAAACGCGUACUCAUGCACAUGUUCACCGGGCUGGCAAGGCAAUAACUGUGAUCAGGAUAUCAACGAAUGCGCGCCCGCCCCGUGUAAGAACGGUGCCACGUGCAGUAACCUUCAGAAUGCGUACUCGUGCACGUGUGUUCCUGGCUGGCAGGGAAAUAACUGUGACAAGGAUAUCAACGAAUGCGCGACAGACCCGUGUAAAAACGGCACAACGUGCAUCAACCUUCAGAAUGCGUACUUAUGCACGUGUGUACAAGGCUGGCAGGGAAAUACCUGUGACAAGGCAUGUCCUACCAUGAAGUUUGGCAUAAACUGUGCAUUUGACUGUGGAAACUGCCUCCACAACCUGUGUGACCAUGAGACUGGACUGUGUACCAGCGGCUGUAAGCCAGGCUUCUUAAGCACCUACUGUAGAACAGGAGGAGCAGUUUCAAAUCUGAUCACAUACUCAACAGACAAGACCAUUACUGUCUGGUGGAACCGACCAGAUGAACCCAGUGUUGACAUUGUGGCCUACAAAUUGAUGAUAUACAAUACAUUCAUGUGUGAAAUUGUGCUGAAUGUUACAGAGAGUUAUAUAGCAAAGCCAAUGUGCUCGACAGAUAGAACCUCUAAUCAAUACCCAAAUUCGUUGCCCCUGGCGUUAAACCAGAAGCAAAUGAAUGUAACAAUUUCCGGACUGAAACCAGAUACCAACUAUAUACUAUAUGUCAUGGCAUACACAGAGGAAGGCAUUGGGGAAAUCGAGAACAUCACUCUAAAAACACAGAUAGCAUUGCCUGUCCCAGUGGAAAAGCCUGCAGGAUUAAAUCUGUGGUUUAUAGCUCUUAUUGUUGGUAUUCUGGUGUUAAUUGUCGUGGUCCUUAUCAUGUGCUAUAAGUACCGGAACAGAGGUGGAACCUCCCCAUUGCACACAAAUAAGAAGAAGGCAGGCAACAACCCAGAACAGGCAUUGAACGAUACUGUUUUCCAGGAUUUGGGCAGAGUUGAUGACUUUAAUGACGCUUCCAGUGAUGUGGAGACCGGUUUGAAUGCAGAGACGCGGCCUUUGAGUUGUGGCAGUGGGGAUGCAGACUGUGGAAAAGGCAGUGAAUUCGUGGAGGACGGGUCGGAUAAUAUUGAUCCGCGGCGUUUUAGUCGUGGCAGUGAGGAUGCAGACUGUGGGAAAGGAAGUGAAUUCGUGGAGGAAGAAUAGAAUAAUAUUGUGCGGCCUUCGAGUUGUGGCAGGGAGGAUGCAGACUUUGGAAAAGGGAGUGAAGUCAUGGAGGACGGGUCGUUCAUCGGAUAAUACUGAGAUAUGAAGGGUUAUCAAAGAUCGAAAGACGCAAUUGCAUAGGAUGCACUGAUUUAAUCUAUUGUAAUAACUUAUUGUUUAUAUGUUUCUUUCUUUCUGUGAACUGGCACUAUGAGAGUUAUGAAAUGUUUAACAUCCUGAUAGGAGAAAUGAUGGCUUGACUAUACCUCGUUGGUAAAUAUUUUCCGUCUUCACAAUGGCAGUAAUCAAAUUUGUCAACAUCGUAAAACACGGUGAAUCGAAUGAGCAUGAUAAAGAACUUUCAUCUACAAUUAGUUGCUUUUUGGAAUACUCAAUUAUCAGGUUUUGUGGUGAGUUGAUUGGUAUCAUUAAAUUAUAUACGACAUCUUUAAAGAUAUGUGCAUGUUUUAAUUGCCAUUUCUUUUUAAACUUACAGAAUCUAAUUUUAAAUAAAGCAAAU